AUGGCCGGGUACCGCCGCGCCAUCUCGUUCCCGGCCCCGAAGCCCGCGGCCGACGGCGCCUUCGCGCUGGAGACCGCGAGCGACAAGCUGGCCACGUACCGCAUCCGCUCGUCCAGCCUCCCCUGCCGCUUCCACCCGCUGCUGCUGCAGCUCGACGACGACGUGGCCGCGCUGCGCCUCGUGAUCGGCCAGUCGUCCCCGCCCCGCGGCCCGUCCGCGGGCGCGCCGCCGCCGCCGUCGGCGUCGUCCGUGUCCGCGGCGGCGUCGCAGGUCUGCCGCGUACUCGUCUCGCUCUCGGAGCUGCUGCACCACCCGCAGGCGCAGGAGCCGCUGCGCCGCCUGGGGCGGUGGCCGCACCUCGCGGAGCGGCUCCUCGACGACUUCCUCCGCCUGCAACAGUACCCCAAAGUAUUAUCCAGUUCACCGAUGCCCUCGUACUGCCUUGUCGCCUGA